AUGAUCGAGGCGCACGAGGCGCUUGUUGCGGAUGUGACGAGAUCAAAUUCGUCUUUGGAUGCCCUGACUCGCUCCAAGGGUCUGGCUGAAAAGGACCGCGACUUUUUCCGUGAUCAAUACACGCAGGCUUCUAAUUUUGUGAGCGCUACUAGAUCAGAGAAUGUCGAGCUGGAGCAGAAAGUCAAGACUGCAGAAGGUCAGGCACGCGAUGGUGUUGCUCUGAUCAAGCACAUGUUCGAGAGUCAGAUAAAGGCGCUGAAAGAAGAUGUCGAUCGAUGGAGAGGUGUCUCCGCCCUUCUUCAGGAGAAAGAUCGACGAACAAAUGAUCUUAUCAGACGGCGUGCUGCCGAACACCCUGAGCUUGUCGAACGAUGCCGGCAACUGGAGUGUCAAGUUGACUCCUUGCAUGCUAAUCUCAUCGAGCUUGGAUGUACCAAUCAAAAGUCUUUUGUGGAGCACGACAAUAUUCAAGAUUUGAAUCACUCCGAACUGCGAGAACACAAUCAGAUGCCCGACUUCCAUUUGUCCUACACCGAGCUUGAACCAGGUGAAAUCAUAGAACUAGACACCAGCUCCUUGAGCCAGUCGGACGCUUUAGGAGUUAACGUUAGUCCGGAGGAAGCCGAUGAGGAAGAGUGUGGGCUGUAUCCUUGCAAAUGGAAAACCGGCGCCGACAUAAUCGACCAAUGCCAGCAGUCCUUUGACUGCAGAGAGGUAGGUUAA